AUGAAUAAGGAGCAGGUCGCUGCAUCUCCGUUCGAGGUGGGCGAGGUGGGCUGGAGCCCGCUCAUUAGACCGCAGGCUCGUGAGCCGUACGACCCCAACAUUACCUUCGAAGAGUACCACUACUAUGCGCGGAAGACACGCGAGGAAGAGUUGACCCUCGAAUCACCCGUCCUGAAUGUACGACAGAUGUUCAAGAAAACAAGCGAGCAGGAGGUACCUAGCAACAUUCCGACCCUGACGGAGGCGGAUUUCAGAAACCCCGAGAGACGGCUGCAGAUCACAAAUGAAGAAUGGAAUAAUGCGAGCCGCUCUUUCAGAUCGGCUUCUUGGGGAGCCUGUUUCUUCUUGAUUACUACUGACGUUUUGGGACCCUACGGCUCCGGUUUCACGAUGGGCACAUUGGGUUGGGGACCAGGCAUCGCAUUUUACACUGUCUUUGGAUUGAUGGCCGGCUAUUCUGGCUACCUGGUCUGGCGCGUGUUCCUUGGAGUGGACAGUCACGAGUUCCCUGCAAAGAACUACGGUGACCUUGGUUUCAGAACCCUUGGUCGCUACGGUCGCUAUGUCACAAACAUAUGUCAAGGAAUCGCGCUUCUUCUACUGACCGGUCAGGUCACAAUCCAAUUCGGUGAGAACAUCUCCCAGUUGUCUAAGUUCAAGCUGUGCUACGCCGUCUGCCCUGUUAUCUUCGCUUGCGCUGGUUUCUUCGUCUCACAGAUCCGCACGCUUAGAUCGUAUGGCUGGGUGGCCAACUUAUCUGUGUGGCUUAAUAUCUUCGUGAUUCUUAUGACUAUGGGUGUGAUGGCUAACUCACCUCCUAACUAUGCGAUCUCGACUCUUGGAUCUGCAGGAAGCGUCGUGAACGACGCUACUAUCACUCCUGUAGGCGGCAUCUACCCUCCGAUCAUUCACUAUAAUAAUAUCCCUCCGAAUGGGCUGAUUGGUUCUCUGAAUGGCAUGCUCUCUGGUGUUCUCGCUUAUGCUGGUGUUCAACUAUUUGUGGAGUUCCUAGCUGAGAUGAGACGCCCUCGUGACUUUAUCAAGGCGAUGUGGGGCGCCCAGUUCUUUAUUUAUAGCGUCUAUCUGAUAUAUGGGUGUGUGGUCUAUCACCUGCAGGGACAAUACGCCUUUAACCCAAGUUACCAGGGAGUCAGUCUUUACGGAUGGCAGACAGCCGGCAACAUGAUAAGUGUCAUCGCUGCUCUGAUUGCGGGCGGUCUUUAUGGUAAUAUUGGCAUCAAGGUUGUUUACAAUAACAUCUUCCUCGAUAUUCUUAAGGCACCACCGCUUACGACGCGGGUCGGAAAGAUCAUCUAUGCUGCUAUGGUCCCCAUUUGGUGGAUUCUUGCAUACAUCAUUGCGGCGGCCAUCCCUGAUUAUAUAGGGUUUGUCAGUGUUAUUUCAGCCUCAAUGCUGCUGAACCUGACAUAUAGCUUCCCUCCGUUGUUCGCGUUGAGUUUCGAUAUUCAGAAGAACGCUAUUCGGCCGUAUCAGGGAGAAGGGUUUGACCAGAACACUGGACAUAUGAACAUGAACGAGACCACCAGCCAGAGGCUGAUCCGUGGGUUCUUUGCCGGUGGCGCUUUCCAGGUGGGCAUCAACAUCUGGCACGUCAUUUACUUCUUGGCCUCGCUGUCUAUGUGUGGUCUCGGCAUCUAUGCUGCCGUUGAGGCUUUCAACCUAAACUUUAUUGCAGGGAUGAUCGUUGCCUUCAAGGAUCCUCAGCUGAACUCAUUCUCUUGUGUCUCGCCACUCAACCUGAAUGCGUAA